AUGUAUCACAAGCAGAAAUUCUCGCCUAUGAACCUCCUGCUGCUCAAAUGCAGUAUGCCGGCCAAAGCGUUGUAUCAAUGCAACGCCUCGACGAGAAUCCGCUCAAACCUGUACGCCAGCAAAGCUAUGUGGAAAGCCUUUGCGGCGCUAUGGAAAGGUUCUUUGAUUGCAAGUCAUAUUCCACUGCUAUGGGCUCUUCUGUGUAGUGGACUUUUUACGGUAUCGCAGAAAAUACGAUCGCUGCUGCCAUGUCAUUUGAGAUGGCUUAUAAUCUGGUCGCAGAAUGGGCUAGGCCAUACAGAGGAAAUGUCUCAGGAGGAGAAGGUUGAGCAAGAAUUACAGGCGAAGCAAGCGGAAAGUGAAGCUAUUGCGGCCAGGGUGAAGCACGAGGAAGACGAAAGACAGAAGCAGUUGGACCAGUUAGCUCCACAACCCGUGAUCUCGGACAAGCCCCCUUUCCCUGGAAUGAAAAGUCAUGCUCAAAACAACAUUGGGAUGGACGGCUGCUGCGGUCUAUGGCACCAUCGAGAUUUCCCCUUCAAUGAACUGUCUCUCAGUCGGGACAUCUUGGAAGACGUGGAUAUCUUUGACUCUCUGAACUCCUCAGGGGGUGGAAGUGAAGAUAGCAGUGUGGAUGACUUGGAGCCUGAUUUCAAAUUGGCAAACAAAGACAUCCUGAAUCACUUCGAAGACUUGGAUAAAGAGAUAAGCAAGUUUAUGAAAUCCGAGUCGCCGCCAUUUGAGAAUUUAUUUGGAGGCUAUAGUUUAUCAAGCCUUUCACCACGUCCUCGAACUACCGUAAUUUCUUCGCUACUGGAGCGAAAAUCAACACUAACUGGUCUCACCGAUACGAAAUCAACAGAUCCAGAACCGGAGCCGGCGACCAAAUGGAGCUCACACAUGCAACUCGUCACCUUCCGAGCCACGGCUGAUAAGAUCGUAGAAGACUAUCUUGAAUGUAAAGGCGUGAAGCUUUACAGUUAG